GCCUUCGCUUCGAUCGGUUCACACAAUGCGUAUACUUAAUAUUUGGAGUCUGCUGUUGCUCCUGCUGGUGAACAGCAAUCGUGUGCUUGCCGGCGAUGUGUAUUUGAGCUGCGAUGAGUUCGAGCAGCACAUGUUCAUGGAUCCCAACGAGGCAUUCUGCACCGUCACCGGCUUCAUCGUGACACACAGCCAGAAUGUGGUGAUCAAGAACUUUGUGCCCGGCAACAUGGUCAAGUUUAUGAAGUUCUACGACUCAACGCUGCUCUAUGUGCCGUUUCGUUUGUUUGAGACGUUCACCUAUCUCAAGACUUUGGAUGUAUCCUACACGAGCAUACUGGAACUCACUCGCAACACUUUUAGUGCGGCGGGCAACUUGACGAGUCUCAAUCUCAGCUACAACAAUAUGACUUCGCUGCAGACAUCGGUGUUCAUAGGAGCCAAUGCAUUAAUGCGUUUGGAUUUGUCGUACAAUCGCAUAAUGGUGCUCAGUGAGAAUACGUUUUGUGGUUUGCCCAUCUUGAAUAAGCUGCAGCUGAAUGGAAAUCGUUUGACCGAACUGCAUAAGGAUAUCUUCAAGGAUAACGAGUACCUUGAAUCGAUCUCCCUCGAGGGCAAUCUGCUCACCUACAUCGAACCGGAGGUCUUCAAUCGCAUGCGUCGCAUCAAGGAAGUGAAUCUCUCGCACAACAAAUUGAUACGCGUUCAUCCGGACAUGUUCUCAGAGGCAUCGAAUCUGGAGAGUCUCCUAUUAGCUGUCAACUCGCUGCGAGCUUUCCAACUAACGGACAAGAGCAUUGUGCAUCAGCUGCAUCUGGAUUACAAUCAACUGACCAACCUCACAAUUAAUGCCACUCGCUUUGUUCGCGCCAAUUACAAUAAUAUUAGCGAAAUCUACAUGCAUCAAACGUUGCAACUGGAGACGCUUGAAUUGCGCAACAAUCGAUUGACUAGCAUUGCCAACAUCACCAAUAUGACGGCUUUGCUUCAUCUGGAUGUCUCUUAUAAUCCCAUUGGACCCAUCGGCGUUAGCACCUUUGAUCAACUGAAGCGUCUGCGAAAUCUUUAUUUACGGUCAAAUGGCAUAAGGGAAUUGGAAUUUGGCAUGUUUUCGAAACAGAAAUACCUCGAAAUACUCGACUUGUCGUUCAACAAUCUGAGCAGUCUCAAUCUGGAUCUCUUUGUGCCCUACCUGACCAACCUGAAGCAGUUUUUGGUGGAUGGAAAUUCACUGCACGAAAUUCAAGGCAAUCGCACCUUCUCGCAAGCAUUUCCAUUGCUGCAGAAAUUGGGAAUUUCACGCAAUCGCUUUAACUGCUCGUAUCUGCAUCAUCUCCUCAUUCCUCCGUAUUUAUCCGACUUGGUUUCGCUGCACAUUGAACCCGAUGACAGCACCGAUGAAACGCCGCAUAUACGCGAUGUUUCCUGCAUCAGCAUCGCCCAGCAAAAGGAUGUGGCUGCCACAACUGCGGCUUCACCUGCUGCUCUCGAAGGUCCCGAAGUGACGCUGCACAAACAACUGGAGCUGCUGAGGUUGCACGCCGAGAACUUGGAGUUGCACUUGACAUUUAUGAAGGUUUUUCUCUUUGUCAUUGGUGGGAUUAUACUCGUCUCUCUUGUAUCGAUUGUUACGAUAAAGUAUCUCAAAGUGCGACGUUCUGGGCGCUAUGAUCGUCGAAGCAUUGUCUUUCAAUCGAGUGCAACUAUGGAUGGAAAUUUGACUUUAGAGUGAGAAGAGGAGUCAGAGAGUGAGAUAUUAUAUUACCUAGUGUAAGCUUUAGUCUAAGUUAUGCCUAUUCCAAAUAAAAGACUACAUUCAAAAAGCAA